CAGAAACCAGCAUCUCGGGCUGUUCAUUCUACAAAUCUCUUGCAUUGUCUCGUUCUGUAAAAUCCAAGCCCUUUCAGCAAGGAUUCCGUACAAUGAAUGGGGAACGUUUUGUUUAAUAUCCAUCUCUAAGACAUGUUUCAGUGGAUUACUUGAAACGCAGAGCAGGACUACCCAUUGCCGCAGGUAGGUUUUCACGCUUUUUUAAGUAUUAUUUCAACCAUGGGAGUAAAGAUGUCAUAAACAAUUGAAAAAUCUAAGUCAAAUUAAUGUUUAAAAUCAUGACAACUUUAAAACAUACAGCUGUUUAACCCCUUAAGGACACAUGACAUGUGUGACAUGUCAUGAUUCCCUUUUAUUCCAGAAGUUUGGUCCUUAAGGGGUUAAGUAAGAGAAUGAUAACGUAAAAUUUACACUCGCCACUAUCCAUUGGCAAGUGAAAAUGUAGCCCUGGCGAAUAAAGAUUCUACCUUAGUGAGGGUAACAUGAAUCCUCCAGGCUUGCAGUGGCACCAACUUUUAAACCCUGACUAGUGGCGCAGUACUUGACUUUUUUGCCCUGCAUAAAGCAUCCAUUAAUUUUACCCAACCUGUACUUCAUCAGGAUUCCAUUGUAUGUAAUGUAUGAAUACCCCCGGCUUCUAUUGCAGACAUGGCUGACAAAUGUAUUGAUGGGGUCAUUUUCCCUGGGCACCUGGCAUACAGGAGUUGUUGGCAGUAGCCUCAGACAAUUCUUCAGCAGAUUAAAAGACCAGGCGAUGUACUGGAAUGUCUGUUGGCACAGUUCUGCAGGAGUAAGGUAACAGGUAGAUUUUGUGCAAAACAUUUUGUGCGUAGGAUGACAGCCUGCAAUCUCAAUGUUCUUCAGACCGGGACCAACACAAUAAAAUACCUCCAUUUAAACUGCAGCAUCUGGUGUUGACCAGGUUACCGGACUAUGACUAUGUAUGAGGUGGGAUAGUUCGAAUAACAUUCAAAACAUGACAAGUUCUUAUUGAUGGCAUUGGAGGAACCUUAAACAAAGUCCGCAUUUAUUACCCGUGUACAGAUCUCUGUAAAUGCUUCUUCAUGCCCUGCAGGUCAUACUAACGGAGGUCAUAACUUGAAAUUAAAGCAGCUUUGAUCUGAUAAAACCUCAUGAACAAUGAGCGAGGCCAUCCAUAUAGAGAGCUAAACAUUUUGUGCACACACAAAAAAACUAAACAAUUUGUUUCUACUUGCCCAUCAGACCAAAAGUUAGCAGCCCUUCCUUGACUACAGGGUAUACAUGACCACACCAGGCCUUCAAUAUGGGGUUACUGGGAAUAUGCCAGGCUUCCAUUGAAUUGUAUCAGAGUAUACACCAGGCUUCCAUUGAAUUGUAUCAGAGUAUACACCAGGCUUCCAUUGAAUUGUAUCAGAGUAUACAUCAGGCUUCCAUUGAAUUGUAUCAGAGUAUACAUCAGGCUUCCAUUGAAUUGUAUCAGAGUAUACAUCAGGCUUCCAUUGAAUUGUAUCAGAGUAUACAUCAGGCUUCCAUUGAAUUGUAUCAGAGUAUACAUCAGGCUUCCAUUGAAUUGUAUCAGAGUAUACAUCAGGCUUCCAUUGAAUUGUAUCAGAGUAUACACCAGGCUUCCAUUGAAUUGUAUCAGAGUAUACAUCAGGCUUCCAUUGAAUUGUAUCAGAGUAUACAUCAGGCUUCCAUUGAAUUGUAUCAGAGUAUACAUCAGGCUUCCAUUGAAUUGUAUCAGAGUAUACAUCAGGCUUCCAUUGAAUUGUAUCAGAGUAUACCACCAGGCUAUUGUAGAGGUCUAGGAGUACAUGUUUGCAUUGCUAGGUAUCUAUGAAUAUACCAGGCUCGUGCUACGUUUUGCCUUUUAUUCAAGACUCUGUGCACACAACUUCUACAAAAAGCUGUAGUGGUAGAGGGUGUUUAGAGCCCUCCGUUAUUAUAAGAAUUUAUAAUGUGCAACUCUGUAGAAUAAGCUUAAAUGAUUAAAUAUAUAUAUAUUUAUAACUAUAUGAAAUAUUACCAGGAGCUGUAUUCCAGAUUAUACACUGUGAUUUAACUGAAAAUGUGUGUUUUCGGGAAAUACAGGGUACCUGGUAAUCCUUACAGAUUACAAAAGGGUUAAUAUGUUGAUAAGUACAGCUUUCUCCUGCGUCAACUUGAAGCAGCAGUCAUUUUUAUAAAGCAGUAAUUUGCAGGUACACAGUAACAUGGGACCUCCAGAAUCUGUGCAAAAAACAUUAGUUAUCGUGGAGUUUGGCGCAAUGUUUAAAGCUCAGUGUGAACACAGCAAUGUGUGAAGCUUGUACUAAUAUUUACUAAUAUUAGAACUGUCACAAAUUAAAAGUGAACUCCCUAUUUAACGAACCAAAGUAGCGGAAUCGAAAAAAAGUUAGCUAUACUUUGCAAUUCUCUCUUCUCCCAUUUUCUAUCGACCUGCUCCCACCCCCCAGCCCAAUUUUCCCCAUGGUGACAUUGUAAUCCCAGAUGCUCCAAUAGCAACACCUUCACCAAAUAUCAAUGUACCCCAACUUGUUAUUCUCCUAAUAUUAAUGAGACGCUGAUUGGAUCCAUUAUAUUUACAUUGACUCUGCAUGGUAUUUAACUGCAUAAUCUGACUAUUAUAAACGGUGACUAUCAUUGAAAUGUUAUUAACGACGUCUUGCUAAGUUCGAGGGACCUGUGUCUCCAAUGUUAUCCCUUAUUUAUACCUGUUGAACAAUCUAAUCCUCAGAUAUUCAUCUAUAAUUUGUAAUUCACUGUGAAUGCCUGACAAUUCUCAGGUUAGUAAAUAACCCUGUUAUAGUGCUCUGCAUUGUGACUCUCAACAGUUCGUGAACCUUGACUGUAGUGUUCGGCAUUGUGUAACACUAAGUACAAUCACUCGGCAUAGUGUGAAAGUUGGUCUGUAAAUAUAUUGAAAACCUAAUACACCUUGCAAAAUAAAUUUUUUUUUUAAAAAUUACUUUAAAAAUCCCAGUUCAAUGAGCUCCUAAAUCUGUAGUUGCAUGUACAGAGGGUGAUCAAAUUAUUAUUAUUAUUAUUAUCUUAUACACAGCUAUACUCUGCACACAAACUUUACUGCUUUAUCACUGGACACUCCAAGGAUAUGGGAUGGGAGUUCUGCUUGUGAGUGAACGACUUCAACACUCAGAUACGUGCAGUGUUUGAUAAUACUACUUUAUGGUUUUAAACUUUAUUCUUUAGGAUAUUAGAGAGAAAGUUUUUUUUUCGUAAUAAAUAUUUUGUGUUUCUUGGCUGUUGUUAUUUGCACAGAGUUCAUUUGGUUUUCUCGUUACUAGUAAGACUGGGUUUUUCUUAAAUCUCAUUUUAUUUUAACCUCUGCUUAUGUGAUUUAUUUAAAUAUAAUCUUUAUAUUCUGCCAGUUUGUCACUUGAUGUACUAGUGUGGUUAUAUAUUCUCUCAUGGUUUUUUUAUGCGAUGUGAUCUUGUGCAAUGCAUUAUUGUCUAGUUUAGUUUGUCAGUAAAUUAAUAAAUUAUCUUUUCUUUGCUUUCUAUAGUGAAGGCUCUGCUGUCCUCAUCUCCCAAACUCACAAUGGCGGUGCUUAAAGUCAAAUUCACCAAAACCAGAAGAGGGAGGCUGGCUCAGGUGCUAUGGAUCCUCAACUGGAUCUCUGUAAUAACCGGACUCAUUAUUUUUAGUCUUGGUCUCUUUCUAAAAAUAGAGAUCAGGAAGCGUAGUGAACUUAUGAUAAGUGGCGAUAUCCACACGGUUCCCAACAUGCUCAUCGCGGUGGGCAUCAUCGCCUGCGUCAUUAACUUUUUCGGGGGAAAGAUCUGCUAUGACUGCUCGGAUGCCAACAAGUUUUCAAGGUGGAAGCUUUUCAUGUUGCCAUACAUCAUCUGCACGUUCUUUUUUACUUUCUGCGUUUUUGCGGGAGCUAUUAUGUGCUACACGAUGCGGCACGAGCUAGAGUCUGCCUUGUACCGGGGGCUUAAAGACGCACUGAAGUUUUACAAGGAUACAGACAUCCCCGGGCGCUGUUUCUUGAAAUCGACCGUUGACAUGCUACAGAUCGAAUUCCAGUGUUGUGGGAACAAUGGUUACAGGGACUGGUUUGAGAUCCAAUGGGUUUCGGUUCGUUACUUGGAUAUGAGUUCCAAGGAAAUCAUUGAGUAAGUAAUUUUGGAUGUACAAUAUCCAAGCCUUAAUGUGCAGCAUAUAACACUAAUGUUAUCACCUACGAGGUCUUCAAAAAUUAUAUUGGUGCAAAUCCACCAACUAAAUGGUGAAAACAUAUUUUAGACCGACUGCUUCUUUACGAUAAAAUAAAGCGUAUAUAAUUGAAACAAAUAUAAAAUAUGUUCAAAAUAUUUGUUUAUAUUGAAGAUUUAUUUAGGUAACGAAACUGUGAAGAAUCCGAACUCGCUGUGUAAGUCAGCACUUCACUACUAAUUCAGAAAGACAAUAAAAGUAUUAUUCUUAUUCACUUUUAAUUCCUUAAUUAUAACAUUCCUUAAUGUAUAUACAACCCAGCAUUCAAUCGUGAAUUCUAAUCAUUACCAUUCGCUGCAGCUAAUAGUUGCAUCUGUAUUUUUAUGUUUUUUUUUUUUUUUUUUAACCCAGUUCCAUAAGUUAAAAAUAAAAAGCAUUAUGGCAAAGUCUCAAAAAAUAAGCUUGAAAAAAGAUUUACUCCAAGCACCAUAACCACUUCAGUGUUUUGUAGUGGUCAUGGGGCUUAGAAUCUGUCUAUGCUGCAUGACCACUGGCACCUCUGGCAUCAGCAAAGCUGGCUAAUGUCAAUUGUGUGUAUAUUUCUGCACAAAGAGGGGUCUUCAUUGGCUGAGUGCUCUCAGCCGACAUUCUUAUCCAAGAGGUAGCUAUAAUGGGGUCAUUUCUACCACGCAAAUAAGGCAGUAAUAUUGUGGCUCAUUUUUCUUGUUAGAUUUUGUGUAUUUAUGCUCCUAUUAACCAGGAGUAUGGGAGUUAAAUACUUUGGUGAUAAAUAGGUAUGUCCCUUAACACAAACAUUACAAACAAAUCUGUUGCGUUUUCUUUUUUUUUUUUGUCAUUUUAAAAUUUUCAAAUAUUGAGCAAAGUCUACUUUGCGAAGAAAAAAAAAUCUCCAGAAAGCAUAAGUUCAGAAGGGGGCUGAAUUGGUUCCAUUCACUAAACCCUGUGUGGGCCCCCAAAAGGAGAGAAGUUUGAGAUACAGUCCAGAAUUGUCAGGGUGUACAAAUCAACAAUGACAUUUAAUCUUGCCUAAAAUUGGUGCCUUGUUUAUGCCUUGAUAAUCUGGUUUGGAGGUGACUGCAGUGAAAAAUCCACCUGCAUUUCCUGGUGCCCAAGAAUUUAGAACUUAUAAGGUUGUGAAAGACACUCAUUACUUAAACUGUUUAGCUCACAAUGCCACUCUGUCAAGAGGUUGGGACAUUUUGCACAGUUGGUGUGUCGUAUAUCAUGUUUAUUAGAUCACUUUUGAAACGGAGGCAUGAAAAACAUCUCAAACGUAACAAUAUACAACUGGACAAUUCAACCUUGAUUAAGCAUGCCAUCUGAUAAUGUAAACAUUUGUUUAUGCCGAGGAGUGUUUUUCAUGGUUUCUUCUCAUUCUACAGCCGUUUUAAAAGCAACGUGGAUGGGAAGUUCUUACUGGAUGGGGUCCCCUUCAGCUGUUGCAAUCCCAGCUCUCCUCGUCCUUGUAUCCAGUAUCAAAUCACUAACAACUCUGCCCACUACAACUACGACUAUCUAACAGAAGAACUCAACAUCUGGAUUCGGGGCUGCAGGGAGGCACUACUGGAGUAUUACGACCAACUCAUGCAGUCUAUUGGUCUAACGGUCCUUCUCAUCUGGCUUUUUGAGGUAUGAAACGGUUCACUAAACCUUUUUAAUAAAACAAAAAUAAAGGGGAUCCAGGCACUCCUUGGUUCAAUGCAGGCACUUUUACUGGUUCCACUGAACCAAGGAGUGCCUGGACCCCCUUUAUUUUUGUUUCAUCAAUUAUGGGAAUCUGGUGUUUGGUUCCAGUACAGUAGGCACCCUGGCUCUGCCUGAUGGGAGUAAGUGCAGUUCCAUAUAUUUCUUAAAGGAUAAACCUUUUUAAUAGGCACACCAGUGCCUCGUACAUAUGUUACAUUUGCAACAGAAUAACUAAAAUCUGCUGCCAAAUUUGAGACCAUCAUGCAUUUCCUGAUAGGUUUGUUAAACCUUAUGACCUGGAAACACGAACGAUACUCUACAUUCACGAAAAAACGUAUCUUAACUUAGAACAAAAGAUUCUGUUCCAAGCACGAGGCCCACACAACAGUGAGCUUUCUAGACAGCGAUCAGUAAAAACAUACAUCUGUAUUAGAUUCAUUAUUACAACCCAUGGGCCUGGAGUUUUUUAUUUUUAUUUCUAUGAUAUAAAAGUAAACAUAUCGUUUUGUGUUUUUGUUUAUUUCCCCCUGAAAAACUGCAGAAAGCUAUUUUUUGUCUGCUUACCGCUGUAAACAUAAACAGAGUUAUUUAACUUCUAAAUGGCAGAAAACUGAGAAAUGACACUGCAGGGCAUGGUUUAUACACAACCAUAUUACUAAGCUAUAGCGGUUUUGGUGCUUAUGGGAGAUGGUUUUUAAAUGUGGAUGCUGAAUCUUAUAAAAUACAUUUCUGUUGAUAGAAAAUAAAAAAAAUACCUUGUGUGUAUCUUUAGCUUUCAGUGUUGACCGGCGUACGAUACCUGCAGACUGCGAUGGAGAACGUUCUGAUCUUAGGAGACCUCGACAGUGAGUCUGACGGAUGGUUACUGCAGAACAGCUGCAUGGAGACAGCCAAACACAAUAUCAGGAUCAUAAAGAACCUCGGCAAAGCAAACCAGAUCAACAGCGUCAGUGGUAAAUGCGACCCGAAUGUGGACAUCCAAGUUGCAGUUUAUGGCCCAGAUAAUGUCCCGCCAAGUUCCAUUCCAGAAGACAGCUGACCUUGUUCAUCAUGUUUCAGGAUGACCAAAACCAAUGGAACUCACUUGUGAAAAUGAUUUUUAUUUGCAAAAAGGACAUACUUUAAGGUGAGAACUGCAAGUUAAAAACGACCUUGUGAUUCUGGUAUACACAUGAAAAAGGAUUCCUGAAUUUACAACUACAACCCAUUUGAGACCAUCAACCAAUAUGCAUUCAAGAGUGGAUUGCUCAUAUCCUAGUUGGGUUAAAACUACUGAGUAAUUCACCAUAAGAAAAGAAGCAUAGCGCAUGAAAUAAAACAUCACAAAUAGUUACAUCAAUGUCUCUGGAUCCUAUGGAAAAACUUAAACCCCCAACGCAUUUGGAGGGCCAUCUAUUAUACUUGUAAAAAAAACUAAACCUGUAUGUAAGAAUAAUCAACUCUGCAUGGAUUAUUUUCAAUAUUCUAAAAUACUGGAAGUAACCCAAUCAUUUCUUUUUUUUUUCAGUCCAUGGUACAAGUAUUGCAAAUUGAGAACAAAAUAUAACAUUUAAAUAUUUCACAGUCUUGUUGAUUAGAAAUAAAAUAUUUGAAACAACCACUUAAUGAGAAGCAAACACUGUUGCCAAAAGUUAUCUAUAAAAGCAUUGAGAUGUUACAGUAUGAUAUUAUAGGAACAAAGUGACUCUAAAAUAAGAUCCUGAGUUAGUAAGCGGAAAUGAGCUCAGAUACCAACCAAAAUACAGUUGAUAAGAUAUUAUCCUGGCUUCUAAUCAACACAUCCAACAUAAAUAUGGAAUCCCUUGAAUUAUACUGGGAAGAUAACUAAUUUUGCAUUCGUGUUAUGUUUCGUAUAUGUUACUGUAUUGAUGCCAAUCUUGUAUAUAUGUACCACUCACGGGUGGAAGUUUGUAACUGCUACCUGCUUCUCCAACAUGGUUGAUGUACGGCUAUUAAUGUAAGUGUGUGACCCAAACAGUCUCACUAUUUUUAACUGUAACCCCUCUCCAUAAUUUCCAUCACUAUAUAUGACCCUAGGGGUUCCUAACACGGAGAAAACGAGGUCCCUGGCUAUUGACUGUUCAAUUGAUCAUAUAUAAUUAUCUAUGCAGUCUUUCCUGUUAGGAACUAUAAAUCACUUAAAAAAGAAACAGCACACUUUGUAGUAGCUACCCAAACUAGCCAACUAUCUAUGCACUAAUGCAAGUGUCUGCAUAGCUUGUGUUUAGCUUGUUGUACUGUUUUAUAGAACAUUGGUAUGACUUGCGGUCUCCUUGUGUUAUGAUUACUAUGUAUACUAUGUGUACGCAUAAUGCUUGCAUUAUACAUACAGUAGUACAUGCUUUCCCUAAAUUGUCAGAUUAACAAUAAAAUUUAUUUAUAUAAAUUUAACAAAAAAGCAACCGGAUAACCGGCAAAGAGACAACCACUUAGUAAGGCAAGAAUAAGGAGUAGACUUGAACGGACGAGGAAAGAUAUGCACCAAAACCGUCAGGGUUGAGAGCAAAAGUGACAGGUAGACCGAUCAAGUAGUCUAAGGGCUUAAAGUGUCUCUGUAAUUUCAAACUUACCUUUCUCCUAUUGUUUCCGAUUUUCUUCCUCUUUCAGAAUCUGUUCUUCUUUUCUAUAUGUCUGAUCUAUAUCUCUUAAAAACAUAAGACAAAGUCCUGACAACUUUGUCUUGUGUAAUUUUCCUAUGCAUGACAAUUGUGACGAA